AUGCAGACCCCUUUCAAAAAUGACGGCCCAUCAUCGAAACUACCGCGCGCCAGUGUCACUGCUAGACGGCUUGGUCGACCGUUCCUCCCACAUCUUCUAGUCUUCCUCGGCCUUGUUUGGACAUUCGUCAUGACCUUCCAGCUGUCGGAUCGCCCUGCCAAACCAAGCAGAAGUCAGCCUGCGCUCAUUAGCGUGCUACACCCGCACGGCGAUGCGGGCGAUGCAAGAUUCGACCGCCAAGGAUCGUUGCCGUCCAUUUACCCCCUCCGCAUCCAAGUUCCAGCAGGUCUAAUCCCGACGACCCUCAUUACCUUGGCCGAUGGUGUCUCGGAACUCUCUCUAGAUGAUCUAGAAGAUAUAAUACGUCGCUUUGAGGGGCACGAUGAUGUCUGGGAUCGCCACUUCCUGGCCUGUGUAGUGGUUGUAUAUCAUGGAGACAAUGUCGCCAGUCAUUCUCUAGCGCCUGAGCUUGCAAGUCGAUUAAAAUCGCUGGGUACCGAACGGGUUGCCCUGGCUCAUGAAUCUCUGCUCCCAGCUGAUAUUAUUGCUGAGGGACCGUACUUUGCUACGCCCGACGGUCUGCUGCCAGUCAGGAAACUAUUUCCUGAUAAUUACGCCGCCUUUGUCGCGUCUCUAGUGCAAUCCCCUUCUCAGACCAUCAAGUACCUCGCAGCUACGACCGCGGAUGGCAGCCCAAACAGAGCUGUUGCUGUACCGUCUCGUCUAUAUCAUACUCCGACACCGGAAAAGCCAUUGAAUGGCCUCAGAGUCGCCAUCAAGGAUAACAUAGAUGUUGCCGGGGUAAAGACCUUUGCAUCCUGCUUGUCGUAUGGGCAUUUCUAUGGCGCUAAAGCCAAGAGCGCCCCUGCAGUCCAGAGAUUACUCGAUCUUGGCGCGAUCGUUAUCGGUAAAACGGGACUGAGCCAAUUUGCGGAUGCAGAAGAUCCUACAGGCGACUUUGUUGACUUCCAUGCUCCGUGGAAUCCGCGCGGAGAUGGUAAUCGGUCGCCAGGCGGAAGCAGCUUUGGUUCGGGCGCUGCAGCGGGCGCUUAUGAUUGGAUUGAUUUUACCAUUGGUACGGACUCCGGAGGGAGUGUACGGCAGCCAGCGGCAAGUCAGUCUGUAUUUGGACUGCGACCCUCUAGAGGUGUGCUAAGUGUUGAUGGAACAGUCAUCAUUCACCGCGACCUAGAUGCGAUAGGAAUUCUUUCAAGGGACCUGGGAAUCCUCGAAACCGUCUCCAGCCAUCUCUACAAUAUCGAGACAGUAUCAGGAGUCGCUGAGAAGGAGACAUUUUCUGAAACCCCGAUGAUAAUCUAUCCAACGCAUUUAUUUCCCGUGGAGGACCCAGCUGCCCAAGCUCUGUAUGACAAGGCGGUCACAGCGCUGGAAAAAGUUUUGGGCGUGAACAGGCGCCAUGUCAACUUCCGCGAAGAAUGGGAAAAGGUCCAUCCCGGCUCAGACGAAGUCUACGAGGACUAUUUUCAGGAGGUAUUUUAUGAUCAUGUGGUCCGGGGGCAGUUUCACGAGAGAGCCUCGUUUCGAGACGAGUAUAGAGCAAAGUUCGGUCGACCUCCGUACGUCAAUCCACUGUCCAGAUUCCGCUGGACAGUAGGCAGUAACAUGACCGAAGAACACUUUUCCACCGUUCGAUCAAAGCGCGAAGAGUUUCAGAGAUUUAUUGAAGCGAUCUUUGGCAACAACGCUAUCAUGAUCCCACCGUUUAAGUUUGGAGAGCCAGAAAGCCGAGACAUGUACAGACCAGAUCCUGAAUUAAGAGAUAAGGCUGAGUUUGGAUGGGGCCUCCGGGCAGCAUUCCAAUCCCCGAUGGCAGGCCAGCCUGAGAUCGUUGUUCCAGUGGGCCAGCUUGCCGUAUUCUCCUCCACGAGCCAGCGUGAUGAAAGCUAUGGCGUCAUCGCUUCGCUCAUCGGUUCGAAAGGGUUGGAUUUGUCCACCCUAGCUAUUGCAACUCAAAUGCUGCAGGAAUUGGGUGUUCCGAGGAUAGUCUCUACAGGGCGCACGCCGUUCAAUGCCGUAUGA